AUGGGAAUAGGUUUCCGAGGAUCAAGUUGUCUACCUUGUAGACAAACUAAAAGGAAGUGUAACCACGAGUUACCAUGUCUCUCGUGUAAAAAAGCAGGACGCGAAGAUCUCUGCCUUAAAUACCCUCCAUCGAGAGCUCACAAAACAUCGGGUAAGAUCACAUUCUCAGCAAAAUUUCGAGCUACAAAGUUGAUUCCAUCAAAAGGAACACCAAUUGCUGAUCAAAGCUCACAAUGGUGCUUUGCGGAUCUGUCAUUGACACAGACGCUUCAGAGUUUGAAAACUUUACAACCCAUUAAUUUUGAUCUUUUGCAAGUGCUCUACCAUCUUCCUACUAGACAUCAAACUGAUGGGUUAGUGGAUAAUUUUUUUACUUACUUUGGUCAUAUGUACAUUACGGUCCAUCCUCAAUGGUUUUACAACUACUACGACUCUUUUUGGAACGACUCAUUGUUAAAGACAGAUCCCUUUUUUGCGUCCCUUGUAUUUGCUAUCCUUUGCGUGAGUACGCAAGAAAUAUCAGAGGCAAGAUGCAAAUAUCUUUCACUUGAUGUCCAAUCCACACAUAGAAGCUCCAGCGACUAUUAUCGUUGUUUUAUCAGGUGUUUACACAUUGGUAACUAUAAAGAUAAUCAUUCUAUAGUCUCGCUUAUGAGUCUUUCGGUUAUUCAAUCAUACUUAUACUCCACCAAGAUGAUGAAACCAUUAUUGCAAUUCCUCCCUGAUAGAAUGAAGAUUGCCAAGGGUCUAAAACUUCAUCUUGUAGGAGAAGAAUCUAGUUUCAUUGCAGAGCAAAGUCGAAGAGUGUGGUGGGAUAUUGUCACAUGUGAUGGUUAUCAAGCAAUAUGUCAGUAUAUCAAGCCAUUGAUUGAUCAAAAACUUUAUGAUCUUCCAUUACCAACAAACUGUAAUGACAUUGAGAUGGACUUCAAAGAGAACAGAAUACACUCACGUUCGAGCACAGAGAUAACAGAAGUCUCCGGUAAUAUUAUUCAAAUCAAGUUUCUUAAGCUCUGCAGAAAGCUUUGGCAUGAUCAUGGCUCCUAUUAUAAUGACCCUGCUGUGGUCAUUUCUCUGGAUAAGGAAAUUAAUAUGUUCAUUGAAAACGAGAAUUACUUCAAGCUUAUAAAAAAGUUCCUAGCAAAUCUUUCUCCUAAUAAGAAAGCCGAAUACUUCUCUUCCUAUCACAUUACGUGGACAUGUAUUCAAACACAAAGGAUUCGAAUGCAUCGCGCAUUUUUGAAUCCCCCUAUCAAGUACUCACUUGAUGCGUGUAUGGAUGCAGGAUCAUCCAUUUUAUCCGUUUACCAUCAAUUUCGCCUACUAGACUGGAGUAUAUUCAAAGAGUGGAUGCUUAUUCAAGCACACAAUUUGUUUUCAGCGGCAAUUGCUCAAGUGAUAUUUAUGAUCGUGGAGAAGCCUCCAACUAGUGACCAGCUCAGGAAUGAUGCCAAAACCGUUCUGAGAGAUCUGCAGUUGAUUCGUUUCUCUAAGAUUGAAACAGAGGUUGUGAAGGAAGGUAUACUAGUUCUACACAAACUAUUAGAGCUUGAUGACGCACUACAAAGUAUAUCAUCAGAAAGUUCAUCACUCAUGGAAGCUAUUCCCAUUCUAGCACAAAAGAUACGUGAUAUAUUUGGGGGAAAUAUUCAGCCUGAUAAUUACAUGAAUCGAUUGUCCAUCAAUUUUCUGAUUAAGCAGCUGGAGUCAGUACCGGAAACAGACUUACCAAAAUUCUCACCCAGAGCCAAUGAUUGGCUUGUGCAGCACCCUUGGGAAACUUGGACUAUCAAUGACUGGUUGACGAAAGUGAAGGACUGA